AUGGAAGACGAUGCCGAUUCCUCAGAGUAGAACAGUUCCGUAUAGAAUUUUAAGACCAAUGCUACUGUACAAUUACGCCUUUCCUCCAAAAAAUACAUGUAGAGCCAUGUUGACUACAAACAUAAACGAUUAAAAUUAAUAUCAGAUUUCUCAUAUUGCUUUAAUCCUUAAAUAUAACCGGUAGGGAAACAGAAUAUGUAUUUAUUAUAUGAACUGCGCUGUUUCUCAAGGAUUUCCAGCCCUGAAAAAGGCCAUACUGAACACGAGUCAAAAUACGACAUUUUUUACGUGUCUUCGAUAUCGCCAGUCAGCUGCGGACACGUCACUCGCCUUUCGCGUCACUCUGUCAGGUUGAUGAAUGAAUGGCAAGGCGUUCGCUAUUCUCAAUCCAAGGCUGUUCGCCGAAAUUUUCUCGGAAUAUGGCUGCUGAAACUACUGAAAGAUUCUUAUCGCUAACAGACAGUGACGUUUGAAAUUUUCUACAAGUGGAAGAAAACCAAACAACGAAAGAAGAACCAGAAGAGUGAAUACCACCAAAUUGUUACAAGAAAUACACCCUUGCAUUUACCCAACCAGAACCUCUUGUGAAAUAAAAAAAUAUGGCGUUUGACUCCUCCCUUUAACUCUUACAUCUUCUGAAAUAAGUCGCUAAGACCAGUGAAGAAUUAAACGUUUCUGUUAAAAGAUCAGAAAAAGAUGUGUUGACGAGAGAAGCAUAACAAACCAUGACUUACACCAGUUGAACGUAAAUGAACCCUGGCAAGAUCAGAACACCAAUGAAAGUAUAACAAGUUCUUAAGCAGAAUCUGCAGAGAAAACAGGCAAUUUUAAUCUUCAAUAGAAAAGUCUUAAAUAGAACUAUUUAUUGCAGGGCAAGUCGACGUAAAAGUUUUCAGGGACAAAAUCACCUCUUCCAUAUAUCUCGUUUUGAAAAAUUAAUGGUAUAGCUAGCUCCGCUUUCCGCUUUCCACCACCUCCAAUCCAAUUUUACUUAACUCCUUUUUCUGAGAAAAACAAAAAAAAAAACGUUUAUCCCAACAAACAUUGUCUCCAAGAAUCUAAAUCUGAUAGUAACCCAGUAUCAAUUUACUGCCUGAACAUACUUGUCCACCGAAGCGACUAAGUUUUAUUUCGUUAUCUUCCCUGGACGUUCACUCAGUUAAUAGUAUUUUGUGCUGUAAGCGAGUGUCGAUAUCCACUCUUCCUUGUGAUGUCUUGACGGUGAGAACGGGUAAGGAAAUGUUUUUGUUCAUCUUUUUCCUUGUUCCUUCGCUAGCCGAAGUUGUGCUGAUCUAAUUAGUUGUUAUUCAAGCGAAAUACAGAGGACGAUUCGCUGAACUUUAAGGGGCCGGUUAUUUAAGACUACGACAAAUCUUUUCAUAUGCAUAAAUUGAAAAAACCAAGGAUUUCAUAAAAUUGUCCACAGUUAAGUUCCAUCGUUUUGACGAUCACGCCUGUCAGACGUGUAACGCCGACAAGAUGCGAUGGAAACAAAAGAGAAUCUCUAUGAUAGCUUCUUAGUGGAUACCUUAGACUGGAAACGUUUGAAAAAAGAAAAGCUGAACGUACAGCAAUGUCUUCAAACAAUAUCAAAGCCGCCGUAUUAGUGCGUCAAUGGUUUUCGGAAUUGCUAAAUUGAAAACAAACUUGAACUAUAGACAAUGACAAAAGGAUAUAUUUAGUAAGAAAAGGGAAUAUUUAGACUCAGGUUUUUCGAGAGAUGAAGUACUACGAAGAUCGCUUUCAUAUCUAAAGACGAAAUAAAACUCAAAUCGAUGAAGGGCGUUAUUAAGCUUUCUCGAACAACAACGUAUUACCGACGUAUUAGUUUCGACAAGCCAAAGCAUAUCUCGAUCGUUCGUCUGAAAAUCUGACCCACACUGAUUAUUAUUCAGUGACACUCUACAUUGAUUGAUAUGUAACAUAAAUUUAGAUGUUCAACGGCGGAGAUAAAGAGACUCUGGGGAGAAUUGAUAAAAUGGAAGGCGGCAAGAAACCAAAGUCGUUAUCUUUAGAUCUUAAGAUCGACCGUUGAAAAGCUGUGAAAAAUAACAAUGAUAAUAAAUUUUCGACGCUUGAGUAAAUAUUUUUCCUCCGUAAGCGACGGAUUAACAGAAUGUAAUGGAGAAAGGUGUGAAAUUUUCAGACUGGGUUGCGGUGCUGAAAAUUAAUUUAGAUUACAUGCAAUAAAAUUCUUACAUGUAUCUAUUUUCAUUUAGUCACAUGCAAUUGUUAUAAAAUGAGGAGAUGGGUGAAAAACGUUUUAAACUGCUACUCUCUUCCCCAGCAAUUGUAUGUUUCUAAUCAUUGAUUAUGCAUUUAGCCAUAGGAAAUGUCUAAAUAUAAUUGAUAAAACAAAGGGUUUCUAUUUCGACAUACCUCUAAGAAACAACUCUUCUAAGCAAUUUAAUCGAAUUAAAUAAAAUUUAAGUGACAAUUCACUUAUCAUUGCUUAUGACUAUGAUGAGAUAAUUAAUGGUAAUGGGACCGAGUGGAGUCCAAUUCGGUCUGUAAUCAUACGAGUGAUUAACAAAAUCGGACCACCGCGAAGCGGGAGUCCUAUUUGUCAAUCACGAGUUUGAUUACAGACAGAACGGGACGACAAGAAGUCCUGUUACCAAUUAAUCAUAACCAUUUCAAUUUCAAAAAAAACAAAUACACUUAGAAAAAUAUCUCCAGUGGAGAAAAUGUCUUUGGUUCAAAAUUCCUCCAUUUUUUAAAUUCCCCAGUUUUUCUAUGGAUAAGUGGUUGUUGCUAUGGUUAUUUUGAUCAUUUCUGUGAUUGGUGGAUUAGCUAAGUGGACUUAGUAUGACUGGCUGCUUCAACUGUCCGACUUCAGGUGUCCGAUUUAAGCCAAUUGUCCGAUAACACUGUCCGAUCACAACUGCACAAAAUGAUUACUGAAAAAUGAAGCUGUGAAUGCAUCAAUAAUAUUUGAGGAAUUUGUAAUGUUUAUGAUUAACUUGUUAAUAGUCUCUGAUUUCGGUCAAAAUCUUUCUAUCAAAUGGUUUUAUCAAAGCCAGUACGGUGAAUAAUGUAAUUAGAUUUUCGUAAACUGUGGCUAUUCAAAGUUAUUAUCCGGUUACUCAUUUACUCUGGAGCAAAAUUCUGGUCACAUUCGGUGAAGUAUUUGAGAGCCUACCGACACACUCGUCAAAAACUGCCAUCCAUCUAGUUUUGAUAUACCAUGCUUAACCAACAAGGUUUUUCUAAAGAGCAUACCCAGACGCAGCCUUCUUCUAUUACGGAAUAAACCAGAUUUUGAGACAGUUUUCCAUCACAUUCUAAGCGCUUAUCAAAAUAACUUAGGUAACUCCAGGAGUCGAGUACUCCUAUUGACAGGAGUAGUGACCGCUGUCGAUGAUGACCGUGACACAUUUCUAUUUUAGUACCAUGCUCGUACCAACGCCUCUGCAUUUGUUGGCAGUCGUAGGGGAACAAAAACUUUGAAGGUUAGUCAAUCAGAACCAAUGAAAAACUGGUCUAUGUUAUAAAAUGCAGUGCUAAUACAAAUUUGUAUAUAGGCGAGACAGGUAGCGAAAGUGUGUCUGCGAUUUGAUUUGGUAUACCCUCCUGAAAGGCUGGAAAACCGAUUCGAAUUUUCGUCUCUGGCCAGUGAGAGAACACACGGUGUUUUCGUGAGGAAGAAAAAUCGAAACAAACUUAUUGCUUUAAUUUGAGACGGAAACUUAUUAUUCGGAGGGUUUGUUUAGGGUAGAUUGUUUCUUAUCAGGAAAAAGCUUUCCAAUUUAAAGUAAGUUUUUAGCCCUUCCGCAACCAAGUGAGGACUUGAGGACUCCAGAAGUCUUAAUGCACCCGUUGGUUCUGUUAAAGGAACAAGCAAGCAACAGAAGGUGCACGGUUCAUUGAAAUGAAGUUGUGGAUAUUUGAGAGCGAAGGUGGAAAGCGAACGAACUUUCCAUUUGGCAAUGAUGGGCUCACAUCAUAUUAUAGGAGAUAUGAAUUCAGGCCUUUUAAAGAGAACUGAUCGUUUUACUCCACGAACCUCGCUAUGGUUUCUAAAGAUGCUAUUUGAGAUUCUUAAGUGCGACAUCAAGCUUCACCUUGUACGUGAAACUCGUACGUUCAAUUCUGGGAACGGUAGAUUUCUACAACCAAAUCGACAUUGUCCAGAAAGCAUAUGUUGUGCAUCAUGACUAGACAAACGCUGGGUUUUUCAGUGAUACGGUUUCUUUCCUUGAAUUUUCAUUAUCAGCUCUCUGCGAGAACUCAGGAUGUCUUCACAGAAACGACGAGGAGUAAAACCCAAGAACCUGAAAGAACCUGGGGGAAUCUCAAAAGGUAACAAAACAAUUUAUUUCAAAUUAAAACGUUGACGAGAUAACUGCUGUGGCAAUGACCACAGAACUUAAAAUAAAUAAUAGACCAUCCAAGUUAAUCCAAAGAAACCUAACAUAAAAUAGCGAAAAUAAAUAUUUUAUUAAGGAACCGUUUUUACUCAAUUGGGUUUCUUAAUCUCUGUUUUAAGCCAAUAAAGAUUCCAUGCAAACGUCAAAUCCAAAGCAGGAAAAAAGUCAGGGAAAAAGGCAAGGAAAUGGGGAAACUGAAAUGUCACCAGCACAGGGCGCUUGCGGGACAGCUGCUGAUGAGACGCAAAAUAGACCCAGUAUUCAAGGUAGGGAAGUGAAAGACGUUAAAGAGUUAAAGAAAGGGUAGACAAGUCAACUAAAGGAAAAUGAUCGGGGAGGUUUCGAGGUAGCCUAGUCACUUUGAAUAUGAGAUACCGCAGGAAAAGAGAGGGAGGUGAAGGCACAAUGAUCAAGAGAGCGGAAGGAAAGACGUUAAAAGGGAGGGAGAUGUCCAACGAUAAGGAGCGAAGAAGGAAAGGGGAGCAAGGAAAAGAGGUAAUGUUACAUGCAUCGUUACUACAGAAGUGUUUAACUCUUCCUUGCAUGACCACUCUUUCAUGUUAAGAUGACAGUUCCACAAAACAGAAUAAAGAGCGUAAGGACCACAGAAGAAGGAAGCCACAGACAUUUACAAAGGGCAAGACACAAAGGCAUUCAAAUGAGAAAAGAAAACCCAUUUCAGGUUGGUAGAGUUCAGAGUUCCCAUAAACUAGUUUUUAAACAUUUGUAGAUACAAAUUGAAGACACUACACAAUCCUACAGUAGUAAUGCUUUCAGCGUUAAGAUUAAAAAGAAAAAGAAAUGAGAAAAUAACUUGCUGUUUUUCAGAUGGAGGAGCAUCGUUACCAACUGACAUAAGAGGAACCGGAAAGGAUACCAAGGUAGAAAAAAAAUCUCCAGAUUCCGCACCAAAAUCUGGUAACAUCUCAGCAGGUAUGUAGAGUGAUUGCCUGGUAAACAUUUUGUUCGGAAAUCGUACCAGUAACAAACUCAACAACUGUUGCUUUAUUGAAAAAAAUAACAUCACCGGAAAGUAUCGUGGCUGUUUACUUAGGCACUAAAACAUUGCCUUAACAGAGUGCUACGACUUCAGUAUUUCAGUAUUUCUCAAAAUGGAAAAAUACUAACGCCUCCUAAACUGGUAAAAACUGUUUGGAACAAGUUACUAUUUAGGAACUCAGUUUAUUGGACUAUUAAUCUGUUCCGAUCUUCCUUCCCAUAACCUGCAAUAAUUUGAAACAUAGCCGUGCAUUCAAUUUCCUCUGUUUGAAAGGUAAUUUACAAGCGUUUGGAUAACCUGCUAACAAUUGCAUCGGCUGUGUAUAAAUUUUAAAACGGCUUAGUCGGAAGUGUGUCGAGUAUGGGCUUAAUUGUUUGGUAUGAAUAUUGAAGGUGGCAAUUUUGACGAAAAGAAACAAGAUCCUCGCGGGAGCGGAAGAGAAGCAUCACGGGAAUCCAAUGAAAGUAAAGAACUGCCUUCGUCGAGUGGCAAAGGAAGACGUUUUGGUACGUAGACCAGCGAACAUUUUGUAAAAUUAGAAUCAAAUUUGUUAUUGUAAAAAAUUAAUGUAAGAAUAUAUUGAUUCCUACAAUACAGGUCAAAACAGGGAUUAUCAAACACGAAAAGCUAAUCUACCGAUCAAAAAGCACCAAACACAGCCUCCACUACCAUGUGAACAAAAUAAACACAGUAAAAAGAAAUCACUUCCCAGACAACGAAUCGUCCUUGACCUCUCAACAUUGAGAGAAAAGGAUAGCAUUGAGAUUGUUCAGAAGUUGAAUGAGAGUUUGGAUCGUUUCAAGUUCUUUCUACGAUCAGAGGAGCAGCAGCAUAACAGUGAUGAAUUCAUAUUGGACCUCACUUGCACAUUAGCAGUUGCCUGCGAUGCACCAUCGAACGAGAAAACGAAUAAGAUUUUAGCUAUGCUUAAAGGAUCAGCAUUUUUCAGUAAGAAAAUUCCGUACUUGCUUGAUCGUGUUCAAAUGAAGAAGGCAAUAAAAGAUCCGGAAUCUCGAGGAAAAUUCAUUGGUUGCUUAAUCAAAGUGUUCACGAGUUAUUUGAGGCACUUACCAAGUUCAUAUGCUGACCCACCUUACGAUCAACUGAAACAAACCCUGGAACAGUCAAUCGUUGAUGGAAGAGAUGAGUUGACGAAAAAGUUAGAUCACUUCAAGCAAGUAAGAGAUGACAUUAUAAGGGCCGAAAGAGCGAGGCAUGGAAAGCGCUAUACCAGAACGACGGGACAAAAACCACCAGAUGAUUUUAGAAAAAUCCCCAUAUGUCCAUCGACUAAAGAAAUCAAAACUCAAGAAGUUCCCUUCUUACGUAAGAACAUAAAAAGAGGACGUUACGAAGACGUCGAGCACUACCUUGAUGUGCAGUUCAGAUUGCUUCGUGAGGAUUUCCUUGAGCCUUUAAGGGAAGGUAUCUACGAAAUAACACACCAUGUUUCAAGAGAAAAUCGCAAUCAGAUUAUGAAAUGCUAUCAGCAAGUGGUUAUUGUUCGCAAAGAGUUCACGAUGUUCGGAGUUCAUUACGAUGUUCAAUUUGACGUUUCCCAGUUCGGCAAGAUAAACUGGACCCAAUCAAAAAGGCUCAUCUUUGGAUCAUUUCUUUGUCUUUCCAAAAACAACUUCGAAACAUUGCUUUUUGCUACAGUUGCGAAUCGAGACCCAGAACGCCUGCAGAGAGGUAAAGUUUACAUUCAAUUCCUUGAGGACCAGAAUGUUUUUGAGAUUGAAGAAAGUCGAGAUCGAUACCAAAUGGUUGAGUCACCGGCCUUUUUUGAAGCAUAUCGCCACGUACUAAAGGGACUUCAAGGAUUGAAUGAAACGAACAUGCCUUUCACGAAGUACUUGGUUGAAUGCUGUGCGGAGGUGGAUCCACCAGAGUAUCUAAGGCGCAAAAGUGACCAAGAUCCCGUGUGUUAUGAUCUCAGUAAGGCUCUUGAUGUACCGAAAUCAACCAAAGCGAAGAAGGUACCUGUUCUGGUACCUGAAGCCUGGCCACCUGUUGAGUCACUACGUUUGAACACUUCCCAGCUUGAGGCACUGCGAACAGCUGUUUCAACUGAGUUCUCUGUCAUUCAAGGGCCACCAGGGACGGGAAAAACUUAUGUUGGAGCUAAAAUUGUGCAGUGCUUGCUUGAUAACCGUCGGAAGUGGGACCCGAGUAAAACAUCACCAAUGUUGAUGGUUUGCUACACAAAUCACGCUCUGGAUCAAUUCCUAGAGAAGGUAAUGGAGUUUCUUCCAAAAAAAGAGAUCAUUAGAGUUGGCGGAAGGUCUAAAAGUGAGGAACUACAAGCAUGUAAUCUAAAGCUUUUCACGAAGAAGUAUAGGCGACAAGGUGAUCGCCAUGAAGUACAAGGUAAAAUUCAUAAAAACAACAGAGAAAUGAAAGCUUUAAAAGCUGCUUUUGCCAAGGGUGACGGUUAUGUGAUGGAUUUUAAAGAAUUGGAACGCUUCAUGCAGAUGCAGCAUACAGACCAACUGUAUCAAGCUGUCUCACCACCGAAAGCCUCAGCCACAUAUAAGACAAUUUCAAACAUUUUUAAAUUGUGGCUAUGCAACAACGAGAGGUUGAAUCAUCUGAAUCAGAGUGCAAACGCGUCAGAGAGAGCUGAAGUUGGUGAAAUCCAAGAAGGGUGUAUCAUUCCACCGGAAGGUACAGUUGAAAAAGCUGUCAGCGUUGAUUACGCUCCUUUCGCGACCUUAGAAUAUGGUAACACAAAUGGUUACUUUGGCGACGGAUUUGUGGUAGGAUUUGAUGAACAAUCCCUUAACGAACGCCCCAACGAGGAUGAGGCCAAAAGAGAUACAAGAAACGAUGAACGAACGAUGCCUCUCUUCGAAAUAGGUCAACCUCGGGCUGAAAAAUCACAAAUGACCACUCUGAACCUAACCAGUUCGUUUGGGGAAAUGAAACAACCGAGUCCUGCACACGAGUUAUCAAAUAGCAUAACGUUGUAUAAUGAUUUUUGUUCGUCAGUUUCUCUUGAGGCAAGAGAAGUAACUACCGCUGAAAUGACAGAACACCUCGAGGAGCCAGGUUAUCCGUCAAAUCUCGUCCUUGAAAAAGAUCCCAGAGACGAUGAUCCAUUCAUUACCAUAGAAGAAGAAGCUUCAAGGCUACAAAAUGAACGAUUUAUCGAGGGCGAUGAAGAAUAUGAGCUAUUACUUAUACCAGAAUCAGCACACGUAGGAGAUCAAGAAGAACAUGAAGGGGGCGUUCCGAACGGUACUUACGAGGACACUCCAUUCGUGUGGCAUAUAAACAGCCUAGAUAGUAGCGAAGGAGGUCAAGUGAUGGGUAGCGAAAGCGGCCGAAGCCAGUUUGAAACUGAAAGCCAAACACUCCAGUCGCAAGUCGAGAUGUUUCUGGCAGAAAAAGUCAGCAAAGUACAUUCUCAGUUGGGGAAAGUUUCAGGAAUGACUGAUGACGAAGCAAAAAUGGUGACAAACAUCUGGGAUUUACCUGAAAAAGAGCGAUUCCGAUUGUACCUUUAUUGGGUUAAGUGCUGUCGUGAACACUUGAGACUUGAGAUCCAAAGAGGCGAACAGAAACAUGAAGAGCUUUGUGCUAAAUGGAAAAUCAUUAUCUGUCAAGAGGAGGAGGAGGUAAUACGUAGAGCAACAGUCGUUGGGAUGACGACCAGCGGUGCAGCGAGGUACCACUCGAUGCUUCAGAGAAUAGCUCCCAAAAUUAUUAUAAUCGAGGAAGCUGCUGAGGUAAUGGAGGCUCAUAUCAUCACUUCUCUUGCUCGCGACACAAAACAUACGAUUCUCAUUGGGGACCACAAACAGCUGCGCCCGAAACCAACAGUCCAUCAACUAGCCCAAGAAUACAACCUCGAAAUCUCCUUGUUCGAACGAAUGGUGCUCAACAACAUGGAAUGUAAACGCCUUGCCAUCCAACACCGCAUGCGUCCCGAGAUUGCUGCCUUAACUAAACGAAUUUAUGAGCAUGAGAUCAUUGACCAUGAAUCUGUUUGUAAUUUUGACGACAUUUCUGGACUACGUCAUAACCUUUUCUUCCUCGAUCAUAGUCAGCCUGAGUCUUCAGUUCGCGGCCUCCAGACUUUCUCCAACCCUCAUGAGGCGGAAUUCCUAAUAGCGCUCUGCCGUUAUCUGUUAUUGCAAGGAUAUAAACCAGCCAAAAUCACUAUCCUCACCAUGUAUGCAGGCCAACUUUUAGAGUUAAAGAACAAAUUGCCCAGAAAAGAGUUUGAAGGGGUUAAGGUGUGUGUCGUCGACAAUUUCCAGGGAGAAGAAAAUGACAUUAUCUUGCUUUCGUUGGUGAGAAGCAACUCCACAAUUGGGUUCCUAAAAGAAUCGAACAGAAUAUGUGUGGCACUAUCAAGAGCUCGUCAAGGUUUUUAUUGCAUCGGAAAUUUUAGCCUUCUUAAAUGCAAAAGCCCACUCUGGAAAGAAAUAUGUGAUGAUCUAGAAACAAAGAACGCAAUAGGCCAAACCUUACAACUGGUUUGCAAGCGGCAUGACCAUUGCGACGAGGUAAGAAAUGGACGUGAUUUCCAAAAGUUCCCACUUGGAGGCUGUGGUAGGGUCUGCGGAGACCGCCUUGAUUGUGGCCAUGCAUGUGACAGAAAGUGUCACCCUACAGACGAGUAUCACGAAUUUGGUCGAUGCCCAAAGAUGUGUUUGAAAACCUGCUUCAAUGAACAUCAAUGCAAGAGGAGGUGUCAUGGUCCAAAUGCCUGUUUAUGUCCACACCCCAUGCUAAAAAUAAUCCCCAAAUGCGGUCACGAACAAAGACUUCAGUGUCACGUUAAUCCAGAGGAGUUUGUUUGCCAGAUGAAAUGCGAGAGAAAACUCGAUUGUGGACACGACUGUGCGGAGGUAUGUGGGAACCUCUGUACAAGGUAUUGUAAAGUUCUAUGCCCGAAGUCCCUGCCAUGCGAACAUGAAAAAAAUUUGCCGUGUUACCAAGACCCCAUGCUUUACAAAAAAUGCAACAAACGCUGCAGCAAAAUCCUGGGAUGUGGUCAUCCUUGUUCAAAGAUAUGCUGCGAAAUAUGCUUUUGCAACACUAAAAUUGACCUUGAACUGCCAUGCAAACAUUCUGUGCGCAUUUUAUGUUCCAAACAGCAUAACCCACCUCGUUGCGUCGAGGAUUGCUGUAGAGAAUUGCCAUGUGGUCAUAAGUGUCCUGGUCCUUGUUGUGAAGAUUGCAGCCAAUAUCAGUGCAAAACUCUGGUUGACAAGCUCCUUACCUGUGGGCACAAAAAAAGUAUCCCAUGCUAUAUGAACCCUCACGACGCCAAAUGUCAAGAAGCAUGCCAAAAGAAGUGUUCACGUGGUCACCCAUGUCAACAGCAAUGUCACUUCGGUUCACCGUGUAAAGAUUGCAGGGUUAAAAUAGAUAUGACCAUUCCCUCGUGUGGGCACUUCAUCGAAAUGCCCUGUUUCUGCGAUCCAGCUGCUUUGGUCUGUAAAAAGCCAUGCGAAAGGCGUCGGCUGUGUGGGCACCCUUGCCGAGACUUCUGUGGUAAAAAUUGUGAAAUGCGACCGUGCAUGAAGCUUGUCCAGAGAAAGUUACCCUGUCGACAUUCAAUUACAUUGGCCUGUCACAAAAAUCCUGAAACAUAUAAAUGCAAGGAGAAUGUUCUAGUCGAUCUACCAUGUGAACACAGAAAGUCGAUGAAAUGUUAUGCUCUCUACGCUGGUAUUCAAAAUGUGCUGUGCCAUGAAAAAGUUGAAAGAAAUUUGCCUUGCUGCCACAAAAUUGUUCUUUCCUGUCAUUCAAAUCCUGACAUGUACAAGUGCAAAGAAAAAGUCGAAGUCAAACUAAAAUGUGGCCAUGUCAUUGUUGCCACAUGCUCGUUUGCCACCGUUGUUGAACAGGAGUUUAAGUGCACAGUUUUGACUAAACGAACAUUGCCAUGUGAACACGAGGUAAAUAUUCCCUGUUAUACAUCAAGCCAGGAAUACAGCUGCCAGGAGAGGGUCGACGUAACACUUUCUUGUAAACACAAACAGCACGUCGAGUGUUCAAAACUCACAGAUGGGCUUGAGAAUGUAAAAUGUGAAGAAGUGGUAACAAAAGCACUACCUUGUGGCCAUAAAAAAGAGAUGCCCUGUUUCACGAGAGCAGAAGAGGUUUCCUGCAACUUGCCAUGUAGACGGGUUCUUUCUUGUGAGCAUCCUUGCCGUGAAAGAUGCAGUGACGACUGCAGUAAGUUUGCGUGUACAGAAAGAGUUCAAAAGAGCUUGGCAUGUGGAUACCAUCAACUCAAAUGUCUUUGCUCGGAGGAUGUUUCUGAAGUUGAUUGUACCCAGAAAUGUGAAAGAAAGUUGCCUUGCGGUCAUUACUGCAAUGGAAAAUGUUUUGAAAUUUGCGGUAAAUACAAAUGCGAAGAGAUGGUUUUGAAAGAGCUAGAUUGUCCUCAGAAACAUACCCGUCGAAUGCCUUGUCACAGAGACCCGAGAAGUGUUGUAUGCUUGAAUAAAUGCACGAAAAAACUAGAUUGUGGUCACCCCUGUGAAGGUGCUUGUGGGAAACCAUGCGAAAGUGUAAAGUGUAUGAGGAAAAUGAAACACACAUUUCCAUGUAGGCACUCAACAAGGGUGUCCUGUUUCGAGAGAAAAACUGCUAUUUGUAGAGCACCUUGUCCGCGUCGAAAGAGUUCCUGUCAGCAUCUUUGCAAGGGCUUGUGCGGGAAACCAUGUGAUUGGUAUCCCUGCCAAGAAGUCGUGACCAAACGCCUGCGAUGUGGCCACAAGAUCAAAAUGCACUGUUGCGACAACCCAGAAAAAGUGCUGUGCCCGAUGGUAUGUGGAAAAAUAAUGCAAUGUGGUCAUCAGUGUUCUGGAGUAUGUGGCAAUUGCCAAAGAAAGCGUUCACACGAAAUUUGCACAAACCAAUGCAGUCGAGUUUUGGUUUGUUUACACCGUUGCAAAGCCCCUUGCUAUUUACCCUGUCCUCCUUGUGUCGGCACAUGCAGUCGGAUGUGCCCUCACGACAAAUGUACACAGCCUUGUUCAACACCAUGCGAACCUUGUAGGCAGCCUUGCACAUUGAGUUGUCCCCAUGGCCGUUGCAAUAAUCUGUGCGGAGAAGAAUGCGAACGCUUUUCAUGCAAUGCUCCCUGCCCCAAGACGCUUCGGUGUGGCCAUCAAUGUAUUGGUUUGUGUGGAGAAGACUGCCCUACGCUCUGUGCCAUUUGCAAUGCGAAAAGUCUUUCAAUAAAAUCAACUGAUGGACGCGCUAACAAUACAGAAGCUCCAAGAUACCUGCAACUCUUCGACUGUGGUCACAUCAUAAAAGUCAAGGACAUGGACGAGUGGAUGGUACAACAACUGGGAAACAAUGUUCAGCUGAUGCGAUGUCCUAAAUGUUCCACAGUAAUUACAUUCAGCUACCGUUAUGGCCAUAUUAUCAAAAGGACUCUCAAAAACGUCGAGAAUGUCAAAGCAAAAAUACAAAAGCUUGCAUAUGAUGUUGUCUACUCUAUUCAGCACACAAAAAGGGAUUUAAGUCGCUUAAACUAUGAUGUGAGGAAGUUGAAGUUUCCGCAAACAGUUUUUCGCCUUUCUCAUCCAUAUCCAUGCAGCAUGCACGAUAUGCUUUUGAUUUUUACUCUUAAAAAUCACUUGACGAUUCUUUACCAGGCCCAAGCGACAGAAAGGGUAAUAGCUGAAAUGCAACAAGCUGAUGCCUGCAUCAAACAACAGCCUGGGUUGGAUCAACAAUUAACCAUUAUCACAGAUGCGUUAGGAAAAAUCAAAGCGUAUCUUGAGCAACCACAACUGCAUUUGAAAAUCCUGAGUCGAUUGCAUGACCGAACAAGAAAGUUUUCUCUGUUCUCUCGUGUUUUAGAGGUCCAAAGUAAGGCCACUCUGCAUCAAAUUCCUUGGUCGAACGGUGGUACUCAUCGGCUAAAAAAAGUACGCGAUCGUUUUGAAUUGUUUCUCCAGGGUAAGGACGACGCCCUAGAUCUUGAAUGGUUGAAGAAAAUCGUUAGCUUGUUGAGAUCAGAGGUGAACCUUCCAGACCUGCCAGCCGAGGAAGCCAAAGACUUCGUCAAUUUCCCAGGAUAUCAAAGGGGAGUCUGGAAACUAUGCAAAAAGGGCCAUGUGUACUACACAGGACUUCUUGUGCGAGAGGGCAAAGAUAUCCUCAUCGGAAGCGAAGGAUGCACCCAGUGCAUAGCUAGUGAAAGUGACCAAACCGUAUAAAAUAUUGAAUUAAGGGGCUAAGUUUCUAAAAAAACCCGUGGUACUGCGUCGGUGGAAGAGUUUAACAGGGCGUUUCGAACGUUAGCCCUUCUGACGAGGGGCUACAAUUUUACAAACGGCAGAAGGAUGAAGUUGCCAGCAACCUUUGUUGCUAUGAGUGGUCAUAAAAGGAUAACUAAUUUGAUGGCGAAUCUUUCUACAUAUGAGAGAGAACAGCCUGGGCCUGAUGGUCUAGGUCACCGCUAAGCAAAAAACUUUCAAGGAUAUAAAACAACUUUUCUGCUGAACUGGUUAAUACAAAGAGAACCGUAAAAUAGUGUGUAAUCUGUAUCACCUUAAGCGAGGCCAAGAUUUUAGAAGCAGUUAAAUCAAACACUGGUAGUGUUCUAAGAGGAAGGAAUUGAACAUUAGGGCAUACCGCUCAAACCUGCAGCUAACUGACAAAUCGUUGGAAGAGAGAAUAGUAAGUUGUUAAUAAAGUACAUAGAAAAAAUUCAAAAUAAUAAUAGUAGCUAGGUCGCAGACAGCAUAGUUGGAAGAAAAAAAGAAGUGCAAAUCACCUUUUUAAUGGGAAUUUCCAAAUAUCACCAAUAACAAUAGAAAUAAUUUUAGUUAAGUUUAGUUGAACGAAAAGUAGUACCUGAUUGAGAAAAUUGGGAACGUAAUUUAGCAAGCUCAUAUUUGAGGUUCCUUCAAGGGCCUCUAAAUUUCACAAUAUUCUUGCCUCAGAUUUAGCAGCAGAUGUGUGCAUGUAAGUCAAAGAAUACUCCCAUGUCGAUUUUACAUCGGUUUUAUUCUUGUUAGCCACUAUGAACUAAGUUUUCUAAUGUACAGGUUUUGAGUUCAUACGAUAUGAAACAUUUUUGGAAAGAUCAAUCAUUUUUCAUUUUCUUCUGUAAAUUUUUGUAGAGUUUAUUACCCUAUAUAAUGAUUGAAAUUUCCCAGAAUUUGUCCUUUUGUAACCAGUAAACAUGUUACAUGAUGAUCCUGUACCUUAGUUAUGGAUCAAUUUAUUCAAUUCCUUAAGGCUAAAAAUUCAAGUCAUUGCUUUUUCAAGACUUUCAACCAGCUUCGAUGAACAUUAA